GUUACAUUUCAACCAUAGCGAUAGCCUUAUUGAGACGCAACAGAGUUCACCGGCGAAUGCCGGAACACCAUAAAUAAUAACUAAACCAAGGAAUGAGAAAUGGUGGAGCCUACCAGAAUGAAGAGAGACAUUUUCCCGAAAUAAACGUGAUCUGAUUGAUGCUGUAAAUGUGUCGGGAAUAGAGGGAAUGAAAGUAACUUUACCGACUGGACUUAAUGACCUACCUAGUGGCACUAUUAUGGCAUGGUCUUUCCCAUUGAGUCGUUCAGAUUCAUUUGAUAAACUAGCUCUGCUGAAUGCAGCCUCAGUGUCUGCUCCUCACAUCAGUCCCUCAGUGGACAGUCCAUUUGAAAGCAUGAGCUGUUCAUUGGUGUGCACUGUGAAGAACGGGAGAGAGGUGAUCUUGUCCUGGUACAGAGGAGAGGAGAUUCUCAACCAGACCAGCAGCCCUGAUCUUCUAGCCAAUCUCUCUCUCCCUCUGGAGUUAAACAAAAUAAAUGUUGACACCUACAGCUGUGAGGCUUCCAACCCUGCUGACUCAAAACCAACUCCGCUCAACAUUGAAACGCUCUGCCCUCAAUUGUCCUCACGCUCUGCCCUCAAAGAGUCUGGUUGCAAUACUGUCCCAAUCGCACUGGUCACAUUGUUAGCAGUUGGGAUAAUAAGUGUUGGUACUUACUGGGCAAUAAGAAAAUGUGGAGCCUGCAAGCAAAGAGAAGAAGGCCAACAUUAUGUUGAUGUGAACUUUCAGAGAUCGGUUGGGGAUACACUGGUAUCUGGCACCGGAGGAGUCUGUUCACCAGAGGGGUCUGUUUUGUACACUGAUGUCAGAAUCUUACCUUCUGUUCAGACAGGACUGGAUUCAAUCACUCCUCUCUCAAAGCUGUGACCUUGGUGUGGUUUAGAGGCUUGUGUGUCUCAAUGACCCUGAGAGCUACGCCGGAGGGGGCUUGGGCCCCUGAUAGGUUUAGCCAUGCCGGAUUGGUCUCCGGUGAGGGGCCAGACCAAUGACAGCAUUGGUCCUACAUGUUUCACGUUGGCAUGAUGCUAUACGUAGGCAACCAUACCACUAUGUCAAUGUUACAUGCUGUGUGUAUGUCUUUACUGUAAUUUUAAAUUUGUAUUUUUCAUGGUGUUGUACCUUACUUUGCAAGAAAUGUGCUUGAUAAAAAUGCAAAAUUGUUAUUUAGGUCAGAACAUUUGUCUGAAAACCAGGAUUACUAGCAUUUAAACAUGCAAAUGAGUUAAAUCAUGGCACCACAUCCACUCCCUGAAACUUUUGACCAUUUAUUUGCAAAAUGCUUGCAACCAACUGGCCAAACCUGCUAAUCUCAUGGGCAUGUUUAAACUUGUAGAGGUUCCACAGUCAUAGACUGUUUUCUCUGCUACCGCACGUCAAGCGGUACCGGAGCGCCAAGUCUAGGACCAAAAGACUAGUUUCUACCCCCCCAAGCCAUAAGACUGCUGAACAAUUA